AUGCUGAGAAAGGGGGAGUGGGUGUGGGUGGACUCUGUCAUCGGGGUACCCAUCGGAGCCAGGGUCAAAGUAACACCAUCGGGUCAGCGGUUACUGGUGGACGAUGAGGGAAAUGAGCAGACUCUGUCCCAGGAGCAGGAAGCCUCUCUCAGGGUCAUGCAUCCUACAUCAGUGGAGGGUGUGGAUGACAUGAUCAAACUGGGGGACAUGACCGAGGCUGGCCUCCUGCGAAACCUGCUGCUCCGACACAAACAAGGAAUCAUCUACACCUACACAGGCUCGGUGCUGGUUGCAGUGAACCCAUAUAAGGAUUUUCCUAUUUAUUCAAAUGACCAGGUGAGGUUGUACCAUGGUCGAAAGCUUGGGGAACUCCCGCCGCACAUCUUUGCCAUCGCUGAGGCCUGCUACUUUAACAUGACACGCCAUCAAAGGAACCAGUGCUGCAUCAUCAGUGGAGAGUCAGGAGCAGGGAAGACGGAGAGCACUAAGCUGAUCCUGCAGUACUUGGCGGCAGUCAGUGGGGAGUUCUCUGAACAGAGGAUUGAACAACAAAUCCUGGAGUCCAACCCAAUACUAGAAGCUUUUGGAAAUGCAAAAACAAUCCGCAACGACAACUCCAGUCGCUUUGGGAAAUAUUUGGAGAUCUUCUUCAAUGAGGACGGAGUGAUUGAGGGUGCUCGCGUGGAGCAGUAUCUUCUGGAGAAGUCUCGUGUUUGCCAUCAGGCACUGGAGGAGCGAAACUACCACAUGUUUUAUUGCAUGCUGUCAGGAAUCACAGCAGAGGAGAAGAAAACUCUGAGGCUUGGAGAUGCUAAGGAAUACAGAUUCCUUACUAAGGGUGGUUGCAUCGUGUGUGAAGGCAGGGACGAUGCCAAAGACUACAGCCGCAUUCGUUCUGCUUUGAAAAUCCUGACCUUCUCAGAGAGCCAGUGUCAGGACAUCCUCAAGCUGCUGGCAGCCAUACUACACCUGGGAAAUGUGUGCUUCAAGGCCACCACUCAAGAUAACCUGGAAACCAGCGAUGUGAGCAAGUCGGAACAUUUCAGUAUGGCAGCAUCACUGUUGGAGGUGCAGGCAUCUUCUCUGGCGACGAAUUUGACCCACCGCUCCUUUAUGACCAACAGAGAGAGGGUGACCAAACCCCUCAGCUCUGAACAGGCCUCUGACUGUAGAGACGCCUUUGUCAAGGCUAUCUACAACAAGCUGUUCAUAUGGAUCGUUGGGAAAAUCAACAGUGUCAUUUAUAAGAAGCUGACCAAGAGCACCAAGUCUUCCUACCUGUCCAUCGGCCUGCUUGACAUCUUUGGCUUUGAGAACUUUGACACAAACAGUUUUGAGCAGCUGUGCAUUAAUUUUGCCAAUGAGAAGCUCCAACAGUUCUUUGUGGGUCACAUCUUCAAGCUGGAGCAGGAGGAGUACCUGAAAGAGGACAUUGUGUGGAAUAACAUCAAGUACAGUGACAAUCAGAACAUCCUGGAGCUUCUGGCUGGGAAAUCCUGUAACCUCCUGGCCCUGAUUGAUGAGGAGAGCCACUUUCCAAAGGGCUCAGACGUCACUCUGCUGAACAAGAUGAACCAGCAGCACAGUGGGAACAAGACCUACAUCGCCUCAAAGAGCGAAUAUGACACAAACUUUGGGAUUCAGCACUUUGCAGGCCUCGUUUACUAUGACUCCAAAGGGUUCCUGGAAAAGAACAGAGAUGCUGUCAGUUAUGACAUAAUCAAGAUGGUUGAAAUGUCAACCAAUAAGCUGCUUCAUCAGAUAUUUGAGUCUGAGCUUUCAUCCAAUGGGGUGAAGGUUACAAACAUGAGGGUCAUCAUGACACCCAGGAGCUCUCUACGGGUCCAGAAUGACAAACGUAAACAAGUGCCAACGCUGAGCGGUCAGUUCCGUCAGUCUCUGGACUCCCUCAUGAAGGCUCUGUCCGCCUGCCAGCCUUUCUUCAUCCGCUGUUUCAAACCCAACAAUGACAAGCAGUCUGAGAUGUUUGACAGAGAGCUGUGUAUGCGUCAGCUGAGAUACUCCGGCAUGAUGGACACCAUCCACAUCCGAAAUCUGGGAUACCCAAUUCGCCACACCUUUGAGGAAUUCCUGAAGCGAUACAGGGUGCUCCUGAAGACGACUGUCUGUGACCCCAAAACUGAGACAGCUGCUGCCUGUUGCGAAGCCAUCUGCAAGACAGUGAUUAAAGGGAAGGACAAGUGGAAAGUAGGCAGGACCAAGAUUUUCCUGAAGGAUGCCCACGACACGGCCCUGGAACGACUGAGGGAGCAAGAACUCAGCAGGAUAGCUGUGGUGAUCCAGAGGGUCAUGCUGGGUCUCAAAGACAGAAAGUCUUUCCUGAAGAAGCGACAGGCAGCUGUGGUGUUGCAGAAGCACUGGAGAGCUUACAGAGAACGGAAAGAAAGAAGAAAGAUCAAGCAUGGCUACGAACGGCUGGCAUCAAAGAUCCGCAGUCGAAAACUCCAGUUACAGUACCAAAGACAGCGAGCAGCAGCACUCACCAUACAGACACAGGUACGAUGCUACCAGAUGAGGAAGGGCUGGAAGCGGAAGAGAGAGGCUAUCAUGCUGCUGCAGGCUUACACCAGAGGAUUCCUGGCCAGGAAAGAAGCUGAGAAGAUGAAGAAAGAUGCCGUAGCUUUACGCCUGGAAAAAGAGAACCUGGAGCAAAUAGCCCUGGUGCUUCAGCGGGGACUGGAAGAGCUUCAGCAAAGUGAUGAGGAGCCGGAGCCCGUCACUGUGGAGGAUUCAGAGGAGGACUCAUAUGAUCUCCAGCCUGCACCUGCUGUGGAAGUGGUGGAACAAAAAGCAGUAGAGUCAGACGAAGUUGAGAAGAGGCAGGACACGCCAGAGCCAGCAGAGGGACACUCCUUUGAGUCCUCAGGUUCAUUCUACAACUUCAGCAUCCUUCACUUCCAGGGCAGCUCUACUCACACACACAUCACCCAUAGACUCAGGCAGCCCCUACUGCCUCAUGAUGAUGAGGGUGAUGCACUGGCAUGUCUGACUGUAUGGUGGAUUAUUCUGCGGUUCAUGGAGGACAUACCAGAACCAAAACCUGUGGAUGUAACAUCUCAAGCAUCCAGCACCAUCUCACAUCAUCUGCCUCACAGGCAGGGAAGGAGACUGAGCAACCUAGUGGGACUUGACCAGAAAAUACUGAGGAAGAACAAGAAAAAGCAUGGAGGGGGAAACAGAAGAGCCUCGGCUAUUCCUGAGGAGCCAGAGAACAUGGCAGAAGACGAGGACGUUUUGAUUGGAGAAGGUCCGAUGCUGGAUCGGCCUCUUUCAUCCCUGGAAAAACUGCACAUUAUCAUUGGAUACGGUCUAUCGAGACGUGAUAUACGGGAUGAGAUUUACUGCCAGAUCUGUAAGCAACUGGUGAACAACAAGAACAAGAAGAGCCGUAUGCAAGGCUGGACCCUUCUCUCCAUCUGUCUUGGGAUCUUCCCUCCGACAGACCUGUUCAUGAAGUAUUUGGAGAGUUUCGUCCGCAGAGACCCAAGAGGUUAUGGCGUGUAUUGUGCUGAGCGCCUGCGUCGUAUAGUAGCCAAUGGAGAAAGAAAAGAGUUGCCCUGUUGGAUAGAGCUGGAGGCUGCCAAGUCCCAGGAGCCCAUAGAUGUGUCUGUGACUCUAAUGGACGACCGUACCAUCAGUGUACAUCUGGAAUCAGCCUCCACAUCUGCUGAAGUCUGUCAAGCUGUGGCUGAUAAGACUAAUCUCAAAGACACCUAUGGAUUCUCCCUAUACAUCAGCCUUUAUGAUAAGAUGUGGUCUUUGGGCAGCUGUGGGAAGCAUGUGUUGGAUGCGGUGUCUCAGUGUGAGCAAGAGAUGAAGAGGCAGGGCAAAGAGGAGAAGGACACCCCCUGGACACUUUCCAUCCGCAAGGAACUGUUCACGCCCUGGCAUGACUGCUCAGUGGACCCAAUCAGCACAGAUCUAAUCUACAGGCAGGUCAUCAAGGGGAUCAAGUCAGGAGAGUACACCAGUGAGAAGGAGGAUGAAUAUGUUCAGCUGGCAGCAAAGCACUAUUACGUCCAGUUUGGCUCUGCAUACAACCAAGAGAACAUCAAGAAGGUGGUUGAGGAGUGCAUCGCCACCCCACUUAUUGAGAACAAGUCUAUGACAAAAUGGAUCCAACUCAUCAGCGCAGCACAUCUGCAGGGUCCUUAUGUCAACGGGAAGCGGAGCACAGAAAGUGUUAAAGGGGAACUGGUCGACAGUGCCCGACAGAAAUGGCCGCUCUACUUCUCCAAGUUUUAUGAAGUAAUAAUGAUGUCAGGACCUCCUUUGCCCAAAAGCAGGUUUGUUGUGGCUGUAAACUGGAGCGGCAUCUUCUUCAUGGAUGGAAGAGAAAAGAGACUCCUUGAGCUUCCUUACCUAGAAGUUAAGGAAGUCCACCAUGUGAGUGACAACCAUUUCAGUACCCACUCAGUGACUUUGGUCACAGUCCGAGGGGACUUUGUCCUGAGGUGUGUGGAGUCUAUGGACAUGGCUGCACUCAUAGAGAAUACCCUGGAAGGUCUGAGACAGCACUCAGUGUAUGCAGUGGCUCAGCAGGAUACCAGUAAAACAGAUGACCCCAUGUUCCUGGUUUGUAAGCGAGGUGACCUGCUGCUGAUAGAUAAAGAUGAAGAAUAUUCCCCCAGUGAGAGCUGGAUCCAAGCAACGAACCAGCGGACCAGUAGCAGCGGUGCAGUCAAUAGGGAUGUAGUGCAGUUUCUGCCGACUCUCACUAGGCCUACUGAAGAAAUGCUGGAACUGCUCAGUCCGGGCCAGAGGAAAACUUCAGCCGCACAAAGCGCCCCACAGAGAGACGAAACAGUGGCCCCCGUCUCGUUAAAAGAGUUUGCACUUGAAAACUUCAGACCUGCAGGUAAAGAUGUGGGUCGACAUGCUGCAUCCAAAGGGGUCAAAAGGGAAAAGCUGUGGGCUUGUUCCAAAGAACCGCUCAAGCAGCCGCUGAUGAAGAAUCUGGUCCGCAACUCUGAUCUCAGCUACCUGGCCUGCAACGCCUUCACUGCUAUCCUGAAGUACAUGGGCGACUACCCCAUCAAACAUGUUCGCAGCCCCAUAGAGCUGACUGACCAGAUCUUUGGUCCAGCCACCCAGCAUGAAGCCCUGCAGGAUGAGAUCUACUGCCAGAUUAUGAGACAGAUGACCACCAACAACAACAGGUUGAGCAUGGAGCGUGGGUGGCAGCUGAUGUGGCUGUGUUCAGGCUUGUUCCCACCCAGUCAGAAUUUGAUGGCACACACUCAGCGCUUCCUGGAGUCACGGCCCAGAGACCCUCUGUCUGCUGUCUGCCUGCAGAGGCUGCAGGAGAUGUGCAAGAAGGAGCCCAGGAAGCUUCCUCCCCAUCUGGUAGAAGUGGAUGCCAUCCAACAGAACAGCACCAUGAUCUUCCAUAAAGUCCAUUUCCCAAAUGACAAGAGUGAUAUAUAUGAGGUAACAUCGACAACCACAAUCAAAGACCUGUGCUGGAGUGUUGCCUCUCAGCUCAAACUCAGCUCAGCAGAGGGAUAUGGCCUCUACUUGAAAACAGCAGACAAGACCAUGAGCUUGGAUGAGCACAAAUACUUCUUUGACAGUUUAAGGCAGACUUCAAUCACCCCUAAGAAAGCAAAAAGAGUGAAAGAAGUCAACCAGGCCUACCUGGUGAUCUUUAGGAGGAAGCUCUGGUUCAAUGUGAACCCGGGGAAAGACCAGGUCGCAGACCUCACCUUCCAUUUCCCACAGGAGCUGUCUAAGUACCUGCGGGGAUACCACAAUUGCACCAAAGAGGACAUGAUCAACCUGGGAGGGCUGCUGUUCAGAUGCAAAGUAGAUUCAGACAGGUCGCAGUUUGUCAUGAUCCCCAAAAUGCUGAGGGAUCUGGUUCCUGCUGACCAGAUAAAAAUCAUGUCAACUGAAGACUGGAAGAAGCACAUCAUCUCCUCCUACAACAAGCAGAGUGGCAUCACGGUGCAGGAGGCCAAAACUGCUUUCCUGAGAGCCAUUUCAAGUUGGCCAACCUUCGGCUGUGCCUUCUACGAAGCUAAACAAACGUGUGAACCUAGCUACCCAAAUCCAGUUUUGAUUGCCAUCAGCAAGCAAGGUGUCAGCUUAAUAGACCCAAAGGACAAAGAGCUGCUGGUCAUGCACCCGUUCAGCCGGAUCAGAGAGUCCUACAGCAAAGGCAACGUCUUCCAGAUGACCAUCGGCACCCUGGUGAGGGGAGUCGACUUCGUCUGUGAAACCUCGCAGGCUUAUGCAAUGGAGGACCUUCUUCGAUCGUACGUCAGCAUGUAUGAGAGACAGAGGCAGGCCUUUCAACAGAGGAACCACAUGUUUUCUUGAAGCUUCAAUGACAAUAGAAGUAUAGAUCGAACUGAUGUGUAUAUGUACUCAUGAUUAAUUUCUUUACAUUCAUGUAUUUGUAUGUUUUAAAUGAGUCAUCCCUAAUACAAAUUAACUUCCACUAAACAUGAUACUGACAUUCAAACUUCAUGGCUCUAUUCAAAUUCUUUGUCUUGAUUAUAAGUCUAGAACAUUAAUUGAGAAUUGUGUAAAUUUAGUGAUCUUAAACACUGAGUCCUUUGUCUUAAGAUAUUUUUGUUGCAGUCACAGAAGACCAGAUGCAUUGUCCUGCUUCAUCAUUUUGUCAUUUUAGCAGCACUAAAUUAAGCCAGAGGCAGGCCUUAUGUAUAUGUAUGCCAUAAUUAUGUUGAAAAAACACCCCACAGACUGAGCAAUAUAUUUUACCUGACAGUGAAACCCUGUGUGAAGACACAUUCAGCCACCAUUUGUGAGAAAAACGUUUGUCCAGUUCCAUAUCUAAAAUUUAUGAAAGCUUACUAGUGCCUCAGAAAAAUUUUCUAUGUACAGUACAUAUUUCUGAAAACAGCAAAUUGGGCCCUGUGAUAUAUGUAUCUUGGUGUAUAUACAGUAACUUAAAAAAUACAGUAAUCCAUAAUAAUGAGAAAAAAUGAGUUUUGAUGUUUGACAUUUGUAUUGAUGUGUUUUUGGACAGUGGAUGUUAGGUCAUUAGAACGGGACACGGUAUGUGCUUUGAUGGAGUUUGCCAUCAGAUUAAUGGGGUUUUUCCUGCAGUCCCGAUCUGCUUUUUAACCAAACUGAAUGUUAAUGUUUGUAACAUGCCAUGUUUUGUUUUACACAGUGAAGUUGUUUCCUUUCCAGUAAAAUGUUCAGAAAAAGGCAGCAGCCAAAAGCAAACAGAGAAAUGAGUCAAGUGGAGCAUAAGUGAUUUUCACAGCAGCCGUUUGACAUGUUGUGCAGGAACCACACAGGUGUAAUUAAUAAUGUGAAUUAUAGCCACCUUCCAUUUAGCUGUGCCACCUUCCAGGUUCCCAGACUCUGGUUCUGUACAUGCUUACAUGGUUUAGUGGGACACCUGAAUGGAAUGGAUCUGUAAUUAAUGUGAUUAGUGACAGAUCAAACUGUCAGAUGUGAAGAAGGCCUGUUAGGGCUGAGAUGACAGGGGAUACGGAAAUAGUAUAAAUAAUUAGUUCUCUCAGCCAUGGGCAUUUAUGGUAUUAAAAUCAUAUUCAA